AUGCGUUGCGCGUACCCCACCGCCUUGGGAGUGCGGCGAGGUUAUGUGGGACUCCUCCCCUCCUCCUCUCGCACACCCACCCAACCAGUCCAAGGGCUGGCUCGGCGGCUGCUCGAGAGGAAGGGGGCCCUACCCACUAAAAACCUGACGAUGCCCCUCAUCUCACCGAUGGACCGAGGCCUCCCCUGGGACGGGAUCCACCAUCAGGCGGUACCCUCCUCGACAAGGCAGCGGCACUGUAUGAGGCCAUGGGAACCCUUACGGAUACAUCCACAACCCCAUCAUGUCACCGAGCACACACCUAUAUUGCCUGUGCCGGAGGCUGUUUCCUUGAAAUACUCCUUACCCACAUCACCCAAAAUGAUCUCCUUUGUAUUACUAAGUAUAUUUGCUUGCACAUUAGCAGCCCAAGGUCCACCACAACAACAACAACCAGCAGGAGAUCAGAUUCCUAUAAUACGCUUAGAAACAGAUGGCCCUAAUGUAGAUGGAUCAUAUAAAUGGCUGUAUGAAACAGGCAAUGAAAUAAACGCAGAAGAAACGGGAUACGUGAAAAACUUCGGCAAAGGUGAAGGCGAAGAAGUGCAAGUCGCGGAGGGAAAGUUCAGUUAUAAAUCGCCUGAAGGAGAUCUCAUAGCACUCACAUACAUCGCCGACGAGAAUGGCUUCCAGCCGCAGGGAGAUCAUCUGCCUACUCCACCACCGAUCCCGCCUGCGAUCCAAAAGGCUUUAGAAUAUUUAAAAACUUUGCCGCCUUCAGCUACCGGAGCAUCCUCGAACGUCCAAACUCAAUAUCUGAACUCCCCUUUCAAGCCUAAGGGGAGGUUUUAGUACCAGCAUCAUAAGAAUAUUCUUCAC